AUGAAUUGGACUUCACUUGUAUAUCUAUGGUUCAUUUUCAAAAGCAUAUUUGCUGACUUAACAUCACACCAACUCAAGAGCAAAGUGGUAUUCCUAGAUACUACUAUCCUGGAUGAAGUGGCCCGAAGCUAUUUGGGAUCAGAGGACGGAAAUGUUACACAUGGUAAUUAUGAAAUAUUGUCAAUUGCAAAUGGCGCCAAUGACGGAAACAUCACAUCAUAUUUAUGCCAGUUGCCAAGAACCAAAAAAAUGGCACCAACAAAACCCAAGCCCACCAUGUCAGUUCAUGAAUUGAAAUCGCGAGCUAUUGACUUGAUAUCGGAAUCCUUUGUCGAAGGUACCAGUUGCGUAUUUUCUUUCAACUUGCAUGCAAAUUAUUGGACUAUAGGCUAUUGCCAUGGAAUCAACGUUAUUCAAUUCCAUGAGAAUUUGGAUGAUUUUAUAAGCGGAAUUCAUAAACCCCAUUCUCCAAAUCAUGUAUAUACAUUAGGCAAUUUCCUGAAGCAAACACUGCCAUUAGAAUUCGAGUUUGAUACUAAAGAACGCACAAUAAGUCAAAGAUUGUUAGGAGAAGUUUGUGAUUUGACAGGAGAACCACGUACCAUUGACACCAUUUAUAGAUGUGACCAUAUACUUGAAAUUGUUGAAUUAACAGAGAUAAGAACAUGUCAAUAUGAGUUACACAUAAACGUUCCUAAGUUGUGCCUGUUGCCGGAAUUUAAAAGGACUAACCUUGAAGAAGGUGUCUCAGAAAUACUCUGUACAAGAAUUGAAUAA